UUUCCGUGUUAUGAUAUCAACCAGGGCCUGCAGAGUUUGAGCUGAAAAACAAGCCGCUUUUAUUUGAAGUGCCAAUAUUGUGCUUGGCUCCCUAUGAGACAGAAACAUCAACUUUGUCCCUGACCUGGGGAGUGUGUCUGCCUGCCUAGCAGGCACAGAAAGCGUUGAGAAAACUGUUAUUUUACUUCUAUUUUGGUGUUGAUCUUUUUUUUUCCCCCUUUAACCGAGCACUUUAUGCUUCGGCAGAGCUGCGUCCAGCACCGGAGUCCCCACGGCAGGAUUUUGUCAUCCGGGACGUCGGUGGGGAGCACGUCCCUGCUGGGAGCAUCGCUGGCGUUUGCUGGGCUGGGGGCAGAGCUGCUGUCCCCGUAUGGGAUGGGGGGACCACAGCUGCUGCGGGGCCGUGCGCUGGAUGUCUUUUGAUGCCACGUGGUGGGUUUCCUUGUUGUUGUUUCUAGGCGAGGUUUGCAAAAGGUCACAAAAUUAAUCUUCUAACUGGGGACCUUGGCGCUGCGCAGAACGAAUGUUUUGCAUUAACAACCUAACUCAUUAAUUCACUGAAACAUUUAAAACCAAACCAGUUGUAUCCAGCCAAGCUGGAAAAAGCUGAAAGUUCAUACUCAGCAGUGCCGAUUUCGAAACCUCCCUUUGUUAAUCUCUGCAGAAGUAAAUUUUCUGAAGUUGUUAAGCUCACUUUGACCAGUCUCUUGGCAUUGUUUUCCUCGGCAGACCCAGAGCGGCUCUGGGGCGAGCUGGUGGCGUGUACCUGGGCCUGCCGUUGGGACAGGAGCUGGCUGGGAUGCCUUAUGGGGGAACACUUCGAGCAGCGUUUGGGGUUCAGGGCUGGUCAGAAAUGCUGUGCCGUGUUCACAGACAGCAAUCCUGAGUUUAACAUUUUCCGUCUUCCUUCUCUGUUCCUUCUUUCCCAGUCGCUAGGGGUGUUUAUAUCGCUGCCCAGCACGUCUUGUGGAACCACAAGCCAACCUGAGCCACUUGUCUGGCUUUGUGCCUGCCUGGUGCAAAGGUGCCAGGGGUCCCCCAUGUCGCAGGACCACGUGCGUGGGUCCCACCUCAGAGGUUGCAUCUGCCCCCAGUCCCCUCCUGAUGCUUCAUUGAGAAGGUGGCUGUGCCUGCAGCCCAUUUGUUAGUUCCCUGCGAGCAUCUCGGGUGCCAAAUCCAUUGGACUCUGCCUGAAGUCAUUUUUCCUUCGAAUUUCCAGCAGCAGGUUUAGGUAUGCAGGUCAUUUGAGUGGUGGCUGCUGUUCGCUAUGCUACCCCUCCAUUAAAUUAGCAGGUGUCGAUUAAAUAGGGAUCAUCAGUUGAGGCACGAUCCCUUUUUCUUCCUGUCAGCAGGGUGGCUGUUCCAUGCAGCUCAUCUUUCUUCCAGUUAAUCAUAAAGUAAUACGUAGUAAAUCGAGUCCUUCACACGUGGCUGUGCAAAUUGGUCGGAGACAUUCGCAGUGGUGGUAUACUGAGUCCCGCUGUAAGGCUGGUUGUUAAUUGAGUAAUUUUUCUGCCAUUAAUUUAACCUAUCCGUUAAACAUCUUUGCUUGUUUCAAUGACAGAUCAGUGAAUUGUACGUUCUGUUAUAUAUUAGUGGUGUAUUAAAGCAUUAGUACAUUCCAGAAGGUGAGCAGUGAAUAAAACCUGCUCUUAGCAUGUGGUUAUGCAACUGUUCCGUGGAAAUGAAACGGACAAACAGUACACUUGAUUAAUUUUUUUCCUAGUAAAUUGGCACUGUGAUUCACUUCCAGCUAAAUUUGCAAUCUGUGUUCUCAGGUGGCAUUAAUAUUGGAACCCCAGCAGGAGAGCUGUGUUGGCUGGUGCUGCUUUGAUUGCAUUUUUAACAGAACUUGGAGAGAGCACUGAGCUUGAUGCAAAUGCGCGGGUAAAUGAAACGCGGAGCUUUUAGGUUCUCUGUAGGUGGGUCAGACCGUUCACAUUUACCCCAAAUAAUUCUGACUGCAUGCUCUGAAGAGGCACUCCGCUAAAAGGGCACAAUGGGGGGCUUUGUGCAUCUCGAUUGCUCUGUAUCAAAUUCUCCCCGUCGACAGAUAAAAACAGUCUUUCUGUGGUGAAUCUAUAACCACAACAUAAGAUCCAUCUGAGACGUGAGCUGUCUCCAGUAACAGCGAUGCUGGAACUGGAUCUCCACUGGCCGUUUGCUGGAAACCAAAGACUUUGCAAAGUGCCCAGCAGCUUCUCCCUGGCCUGCGUGAGAGCUGCAGGAUGAGAUUAAACCAGCAUCGGUGCAAACCUGGUGCAGUAAAGGAGGGGAAGGCAGCUCUGCAGAUCUCUGUGCAGCAACAGAAUUCACUUUUACUGCUGCCUCCGUGACACCAAACUCCUUUCAGCCUUUAAAGCUAUAUUUUGUAGCCUUCAGGCCGUUCUCAUUGUUUUUUUCCUAAUUGACUCGACUUGGAAAGGUCAUCAUACCCUGCUAGAUUGUGUAAUAUUUAACUUAGCAUCAAAAAUGAGGAUCCUGGGAUUGGUGUCAAAUUGAUGCUGUUCCCUGCUGAAUAGCAAAGCCCAUUCAUAGUCAUCCAAGUAUUCUGCUUGCUAAUGCUCAUGAAUAACUUUCUGGCCCUCUGCAGAGGGAAAGACUAACCACGAGAAGGUGGGAUAAGAGCAGCAUAAAGCAGGUAUUGAGCGCAUGAAAUUCGCACCGUCUAAAUCCAGGUCACAGCUUUAAUGCUUUUUUAUUUAUAGAUUUUUUCAAGUUAUAAUUUCUAGCUUUUCAUGAAGCUUUAGCAUAGCAAACAGUCUUUUCUGACGCCAAGUUCAGUGAUGACUAACGCUAUUUACAGGGCUGUUUUGUAAUCUCAGAUCAGCCCACAGUAACGGGAAGUUACGUUUUCCCAUCAGUCUUUUAAAUUGUGCCGGAGAGUUGCUGAGCCCAGAAUUGCCCAGCCGGGCUCUCCUAUUUGCAAGCUGACAUAAUUUUUUCCAGAACAGCAUUUUAAAAAAUUUCAAAUGAAGUUACAGAGGUCAGAUCAUACUUCCUCAGUCUGAUUUUUGCUUUAGGAUCUUUCAUUCCUCUGGUCUAAAAGCUACCAACAAAAAUAAGGCAGAGUCGCUCUUGCAUAAGCACCACAAAGUCAUUUUCCUGGUCUUCAUUUCUCUGUGCAUGGGGUCAGCUCGGCAUACCUGACAUGAGAGCUCCGGGUGCACAGCUGCUUUAACUGGUAGGAGUUGGCUCUGGGGUCAUCUGGUAGGAUGGUUCAGUGGUAAAUAUGAACAUUUGUCAACAUUCGACAACAACUCCUUGGGACAUCAUGAAUUUGCUGGAAUCUAGACCACAGAGCACUUGCAAUAGCGCUUUUUAAAUUUUAAUUUAAUUUAAAUUAAAGAAAAAAUAAUCUCAUCGGGAUUAAUCGUAGUGAUGGCUAGCAAGAGAAAAUCCACGACUCCCUGCAUGAUACCAGUAAAAACUCUGGUGCUUCAGGAGACUGAGCUGGAGGCUGCAGAAGACGAUCGUGAAGGAACACAACAAGAUGCUCCCGCAGAAGGGCCGGCAGCCAGCGAUGCUGGUGCCAGCAACAGUGGAGCCUUGUCUAACGGGCACCGCGGCAUUGCCGAGGGCGAUACUUUUGUCUGCAAGUAUUGUGACUUCGGAUCUCAAGACGUUCACCAUUUCUUUGCGCACCUGGACUCUGAGCACUUGGACUUCAGCAAAGACCCCGCGUUUGUGUGCGUUGCGUGCAACUUCCUGGCGAAGAGCCACGAAGGGCUCUCGCAGCACAACGCAGAGUCGCAUGCUGGCGAGAUGAGCUUCGUCUGGAGGCUGGCGAAGCAGGACAAUCGAACAGCUGUGGAGCAAAGUCUUUGCGAUGCCGCCAGCAGCCACGACCUUCCGGGAGAGGUCCCCGAGGAAGUAGUGGAUGGUCAAUCUGAAAUUAUCAUCACCAAAACCCCCAUCAUGAAGAUAAUGAAAGGCAAACCCGAGGCCAAAAAAAUCCACACGCUGAAGGAGAAUGUGUCUGGUCAGUUGGGCGGAGAGUCGGAGACAAAAGACGGAGAGCCUUCCUUCACGAACGGGCCUGUGCCGGUCAGCCAGCCCACCGCGAGUUCGACAAAAUCAUCUCAUGUAGUGAACGGCUCCAUCCUCGGAAACGUGCCUGUUCUGCCAGCGGGUGUUGCCCAACUUGUUUCACUGCAGCAGCAACCACCCUUGCACCAGCAGCUACCUACAUCCAAGUCCCUUCCCAAGGUGAUGAUCCCCCUGAGCAGCAUUCCCACAUACAACGCAGCCAUGGACUCCAACAGCUUCCUGAAAAACUCUUUCCACAAGUUCCCCUACCCCACAAAAGCUGAGCUCUGCUACCUGACCGUGGUGACCAAGUACCCAGAAGAGCAGCUGAAGAUCUGGUUUACGGCCCAGCGGUUGAAGCAGGGCAUCAGCUGGUCGCCGGAGGAGAUAGAAGACGCCAGGAAGAAGAUGUUUAACACGGUCAUUCAGUCCGUGCCGCAGCCCACCAUUACUGUGUUGAACACGCCGCUGGUUGCGAACCCCAGCAGCGUCCCGCAUCUCAUCCAGGCCACUUUGCCGGGCCACGUGGUGGGGCAGCCGGAGGGCACGGGGGGACUGCUGGUCACACAGCCCAUAAUGGCCAACGGCUUGAAAGGCACCAGCUCCUCCUUCACCCUGGCGGUGACGACAGUUCCCAAGCCCCAGCUGGCGGCGCAGCACAGCACGGUGAGCUCCGGCAAUGCCUCGGCCGUGAAGGUGGUGAACGCAGCCCCGUCAGUGCUCACUGCCUGCCCCGCCAUAUCCUCGCAAACCUUCCUGGACCCCAACAUCUACAAGAACAAGAAGUCCCACGAGCAGCUGUCCGCCUUGAAAGGCAGCUUCUGCAGGAAUCAGUUCCCCGGCCAGGCUGAAGUCGAGCGGCUGACCAAGAUAACUGGGCUGUCCACAAAGGAGAUUCGCAAAUGGUUUAGUGACAGGAGAUACCAUUACAGGAACAUGCGAGGCGGCAGAGCCAUCUUUCCUGGAGACAGUGCACUCGAUUCUCUGCCCGAAAUACCCUUCGACGUGCCGCCCAAGGGAGCGGAGCUGACGUCUACAGCUGCGGCCACGCCUGUCACCCACCACCCGACGCGGCGGCAGGCCUGGCACCAGACGCCCGACUUCACGCCCACCAAGUACAAGGAGCGCGCGCCUGAGCAGCUCAAGGCCCUGGAGAGCAGUUUUGCACAGAAUCCUCUUCCUCCAGAUGAAGAAGUGAAUCGCUUGAGGAGCGAGACGAAGAUGACACGGAGGGAGAUCGACAGCUGGUUCUCGGAGAGGAGGAAGAAGAAGGUGGCGGAAGAGAACAAAAAAGCGGAGGAGGCAGUUCAGCAGGAGGAAGAGGAGGCUGAAAACGGCUGCGGGGAAGGAGAAGACUCCUCAGAUGACCUGAGGGCCUUGAGCGAAAACGGCUCGCUCGAUGCCUCUACCAACAACCCAAACUCGGCAGAGCGGAAAGUGAGCCCCAUCAAAAUCAACCUGAAGAACCUCCGGGUGACAGAGUCCAAUGGGAAGAGCGAAGCGCCAGGCAUCGCCACGAGCGAGAAGGGGGACGGCGGCUCCAGCCGGCCGCCCACCCCUCCGAAAACCAAACUGAACUUCAAAAAAACCGCCCAGCAGCGGCACUUGCUUAAGCAAAUGUUUGUGCAGACGCAGCGGCCGACGAACCAGGAGUACGACGCCAUCGUGUCCCAGACGGGCUUGCCACGGGCUGAGGUCAUUCGCUGGUUUGGAGACAGUCGGUACGGCUACAAGAACGGGCAGCUGAAGUGGUAUGAGAACUACCGGCGCGGCAUCUUCCCCCCGGGCCUGGUGGAGGUGAGCCCGGCCGGCAGGGAGGUGCUGGAGGACUACUACAAGCAGCACAAGGCGCUGCAGGAGGACGACGUGCCGAGCCUCUGCGAGCGCGCCCAGCUCAGCGCCCAGCAGGUGAAGGUGUGGUUUGCGCUGAAGGCGGAGGAGGAGACCAGGGGCGCCUCCGAGGAUGCCUUCUCCAGCACCAGCGAGCAAACGGGAAGCCAGAAGGGGCCGUACGACGCCUGCUCAGAGGUGUCGGAGAACAGCGAGCCCUGGGAGCCAGGCGGCCCCGAGGGUGGUGCUGAGCCCCCCGGUGCCCCCGUGCAGCCGCCCGCCGCGCAGCUUGAAACAGACUGAACUCAAACCACCUGCCCCAGAGGAUCCACUCUUACCCUUGAGAAGAAGUUUUUUGGUCUUUAAGACCAUGGGCUGGCCUGAUACAAACCUCAGGAGCAGGACACGGUGAUAAAGCACUGCCAUAAAUGAGACCUUUGAGUGCAGCACACGAGAGAGAGUGCGUGCAAAAACUGGGCACCCAGCGCAGAGCUCUCUGGCCCAGCCUAGGAGACAGCUGAGAGCUGGCAGAGGUGGGGACCGUGAGCUCAGCUCGCACCCAGGAAAUAGGAUGCUCUUGUUUGCUUUCCAGUGGACGGACUUUCAGAUUUCAUACUCAUAUACCCAUGCCUACAGCUGCCUAUACAAGCAUAACGAAAUCUCAGACAUUGUGUAAACAAGGUCGUUGCUUAGAUAUGGACUAUCAUGGCACAAUACAUUUUUUUUUUUCAUCUGCCCAUUAAGGUGUUUGUUCUCUAAAGGCUGGCAUGGCUGCCUCUAUCCUUUCUGCCUUUUUUGGUCCUUGAGCCCUGGCAAGGAAGGGUUCUGCAGGGUGUGUGCGCACAGGUGUGUAUGUGUGAGCGUGUGCGUUAGGAAAGGAAAAGAACCUGAGAAGAAAGCUGCCAGUCUUGCAUUAAGUCAGGUGGGAGUUCAGUGAGGUGUUCAUCCACACAGAUGAGGUUAGAUUUGGCAUUGCAUUACUCUCCAAUAAGUAGCAGGUCCAAGACCCCGAAAACCCAGGAGAGGCAGUUCGGUGUCAUUUGCCCCUUGUUGGCCAAAAUAUUUUUCCUUUCGCUCUUGGAGACCGACUGCAGCAGGCUGUUAAAUCUCCAAGUCUCCCUUUAAUCACUGAGAACUAGCACAUAAUAAUUUUUCCAUCCUGACCUGGAAUCCUUUUCAUUGUUCGGAGAGAACAAGCUGUUCCUCGGAGAACAAAUAGGGAGAAUAUGCAGAGUUGCUGCGCGUGGUUCAAGUUAUUGUUGUCUCCAAGGGAUCUGCGAGGCAGCAGCUCUUCUGCAGUCAGGAAGUUUCCCUCUUUCAGCCCUACACAACCGAUCCUCCAGCAGCAGCACUGAUAGCUUCAAGUAUUUGCUCCGGUAUUUUUUUAUUAUUAUUUUUUGGUCCAUCCACAGUGUUUUGCUAUUUCACACGAGGCCAAAACUAAUUUCCCAGUUCACUUUCCUGGUUCUCAGAACCUGUAGCUUUUUCAUGUGCCCGUGUUGUCUCGGGUGGUUGCUGCAUGAUGCAACUUAAGGCUUUUUUUAAUAUUCCUUUCUAAUAGAAAACAAGGUCUAGAAGAGCACUCUUGAGCUACGAGUCUAGCCAAAUGCUGUGUCAGACCAUCCUGUCAUAAACUAAUCAAAUCCCAGCUCAAAAUUGGUUCCAUGUCUUGCCUUCACUUUUGCUCUUGGAAGGCGAUUCCAGAACUUCACUGCCUUUGAAUGGUUAGAAACUUUCUUUAAAUUUCUAGUUUGAAUUAAUUCGUGGCCAGUUCGUUCCUGGUUUGUUUUGGAGCCAACAUUGUCCUUUAACUUAAAUAGUUUUUGGUGUUUAUCCGCUGAUGUAUUUAUGGAGAGUAGUCAUGGCUCCUUAUUUUUGCCAAGCUAACUCAGCCAAGCUUUUUCUGUAGAAGGUUUUUAUUUAGUGAGAGCUUUUUAAUGUGGGAGACUUUAUUGUUGGUGGUAAAUGAUAUUUAUUAGAAGGGUGGGUAGCAAGCCCCAAAGGAUCGGAUCCAGAGAUUUACAAAAAAUCUGUUUUAAAAACAAAAAGCUUUUUCAGAACCUCUUCCAAAGAUGGUGUCUGAUUUCUACCUUUAAUUGCUUUUGCUUUUCCAAUUCUUUCUUCGUCCCCUCUUUACGAGGCUGCCUUACUGACAUGUUGGGAGAGGCUCCAUCUGACAAGUGCUGCAGGGAACGUUUCUCUCACUGAUGGUACGUGCCUGCCCGGUAGGUGCCUGUGCUCAGACGCCUGCACUGUAACCCCCCUUAGCAGCCAGACGAAUCCUCCCCAAAAUGCCACAAGCUGACAGCAGGCUCCCUAAAUUUCUCUCUUUAGCAGCGCUGCUGCCAGCCGUGCCUUGGUUCGAGGCAGGGCCCGCAGCAGCGCCACCUCCGCCUCACCUGGGCCCGUCACCCCAAGGAUUCAGCCCUCGUGGGUGAAAUCCUUUGUGCCCUCAAGCUCUGCGGGCGAUGGGGGAAGCAGGGUGGUGCUAGAGCCGAGGGUGCUGGGCCUGGGAGCCUUGUGGCCUGAGAGUGUGUGCGUGUUCACUGUUGCCUUCAGAGAACAAAUACAGGUAGGUAAUUUAGUCUCUAUUGUCUAUGUACAUGCAGGUUUAUUUAAGUACACAUAUAUACAGUUCAGAUAUGCCAUUGAUUCUUUAUCGCAUUAAGAUGUACAUUAAAAAUGUACACUUCUACUAACUACUUGCUAUAUAAAUAUGUUGGAAAUGUAGUUUGCCCAUUCAAGGUGAUUUUCUGUGGGAUUUUUGGUGUACACUUUAAAGGCCUGUGGCUGAUUGGAAGAGUGGUCCCCACUCCAUCUACAGAAAUGCUUAAGGACGAUGGUGUGAACUGGUCCCUUUGAACCAUUUUUCCAUGCACUAGCUGAGAUGUUUUGCACUUGGAUUGUAUUGGCCAGUUUUCCAGAAAAAAAAAAUGAAAAGAGAAGUCUUGUGAGCUGGAGGGAGAAUUUCCCGGUGUACGCAGAAAAAACAGCCUUGAGGGUUGGAAGCUGCUGAGGUUUUUGAGCUUUGUCUGCAUGCAUUCAUACAAGCACAGCAGGAGUUUUCUUUCUUUUGGGUCAGAGGAAUUUUAAAAAGUGGUUCCAUGCAGGCUCCCCUCGUACGCAAAGGCCGAGCAGACGGGCUGGCAAGGCUCGUUGCGUGGGGAGGGUGAGAUUUAGGGACAAAAAUCAAAAUCAAAAAGUAAUCAUUUGCUUUCUAACUCCCACAUUCCUCGUUAUCUGCAUUUUUAGUUGACUUGAAAUCUCUAUGAAAGUAUAAGCUGAAGCAUUGAGGGUUUUAGCUCUGUGGUCUUCUGUUUCCCUGUCACAUCUCUUUUGAAGCUGAAGAGAAGCAGGUGUCAUCUCCAAACAGACUCAGGUUUUGGUGCAGGACAUUACAAAUAAUAUGUUUGCAUCUGAAACUGAAAGAAAUAAUUGAGAGGUGGCUCCACAGUCCCAGCAGCAGCUCUUCUGGUGGUAAGAGGAAGCAUCACCACAAUUCUACACUUAGUGUCAAUUUUUAUCAUCAUCUAAUCAAAGAUGACUAUCUUGACUUGAAAGGAGGAGUGUAAGAUAGAGGUCAUGUAGCCAGCAUCGGUAAGGAAGGGAAUUAAGUUCUUCACCUCCAUCAGCUGUGUGCGAGCUCAGGCUUGAUAAGCACAGUAGUAAGCAUCAUUUUUAAUCCACGUGAAUCUUGUUACUUCUGUCUCUGAGGCUGCUUAGAUUAAGGUCACAAUCCAAUUGCUUAAUAACCUGAAACCCUGAUUUGUGCUGUGCCUGGCUCACUCACAGAAAGGGCUGCUGGUUCUCCCGAUGCAAGGAACAGAGUUGCUUUAUUCGUCCGUAUCAGCGGGCCAAGCUGUUUGAUUUCUAGCCAUAGCUCUGUGUUCUAUUUGGGUAGCUAAUUUUUCUGUUCCUUAAGUUGCAUCCUGGAAAUCAUUAUUUUUAUUUUAUUUUUUAAAGCAGAACACUAAACAAACCGUGAUUUACAGGCUUCUAUUUCCUGAGAGCCAUUAUUCCUGUUUGCCUGAGAGCAGAGCACUGCUGCACAUCAGGCUCGCAGCCCUGGCAAGAGGAGUGGACACAAGUGCUUGCUUCAGCGCACGGCAUGCAGCGGUCAACGUCAGCACACAGAGCUCCAGCUGCAGGUAUUUAACGUGUCUGCUGUCCCCUCCCUGCCAGGGGCUUCUCUUGGGCACCAGCAAAAUCAGGAGCUGCUGCCAGCUGUGAUUUGAAACCCCGUAGUCAGACGCAGGGCUUGAUGCAGAGCCUUCACCUGGCAGAGCAGCGCUCGCGCAGAAGCUGGAGCUGCGAUGUGUCUGUUUGGAUAAUUUUUGCUAGGCUGGUUUUCCAUUUAGGGUUUUGGCUAUUUUUUUUUUGAAUGCAAAGCAACAAUUUCUGGUCACAGGGAGAAGUUUUGCACUCCUCCCUCCCCUUCCAUCCCUCUUGCAGAAACAGUUCAGAGGAGCCCUGAUGAGAUGAUGGUUGGAAGCUGGGGUCGCUGGGAAUCAGAAGAGAAAGAUGAUUUUCAGCACUUAGGCACAAAUUGGCAUUUUAAGGUGAUACUAUACCUGUCAACUGGGCAGUAUUUGAAAGGUUUUUAAACAUCUCUCUCCUGAUAUCCCAGAUUAAUUUUGGCUCCACUCUUUUCAACUCCCAUCUGUGGCCUGAUGUGAUUCAGCUCACUGCAGUAACCUCCAUUUUAAUUUCUCAGCUGAUCACAACCAAGGGGGAAAGAUCAGGCAAUACUCAAAAGGGGGUGGGGGGGGACUUGCAAGCUGUACCUUUUCUUGCAAGUUUAGUUUCUGCUGUAUCUUUUACUGGCAGUGCUCCCUGCCAGGAAUGCUGGAUUGGCAUCACAAAACUUUAAAGCAGAGCAAGUGAGCACUGUUACCUAAGAAGGAGUGAUUUUUAUUUAUAUUUUUUCUUGCUGCCUGUUCCAGUAGAGUGCUCUGUUGGCUGCCCUUGGCCAUAUUUUGAUGGCACUAUUAAAGCCAGUUUUUCCCUUUACCGAUGGAGGGUGGUUUUAGGAGGACUCUUGCUCACUGGUGCUAGUGAAGGGCAGGCUAGGAAUCCAUGGCAUAGAAAACUUCUUGCUAAAAAUUGCACUUUCUGUCUGCCCCAUCUGGCUGGUGGUGUUAUGGGUACGUGGCUGUAACUCCCCUUGCACAUACUAACAUUGCACUAAAAGAGAGACUUUGGGAACAGCGUGUUGAUCACUUUGUUUCUCAGCAGACCACAAAGUCAGCCUAAUGGGGUCUCUUUUUUUUUUUUUUAAUUAUUAUUAUUUAGAAAUCAUGCUGGUGCUGAAUGACCUGGAAUUUUUUUUUUUUUUGCUUGGAUUUAUCCAAAAGAAAAAUGUAAUUGUAGCUGCAACGGGACCUUUCAUAAGGGUGGCCGUGUAGCUGGGGCGCAGAGCAGCGGCUCUGCUGCGUGAAACCGUCUUGUACCGGGGCGGCGCGGGGGGUUCCCAGGGGUUCUUAUCGUGUUUUUUAAGACCACAAUUUUCGAUGGUCACCUUGGCAACCAUGUGAGACAGGAAAUAGUUUUUACUUUUGGUAAAGGUUUUAAAGAGGAGAAAAAAAAAAAAAAGUGAAGCUGCCUGUGAUUGUGGGCUGUGGCUAUUACUAGGGCUAGGGUAGCUUGUACCUGCUAUGGACUUUACCUGCUCUUAUUCUGAGGGCACAAACUCCCUGUAGCAACAAUGCCACUUCUGAGAAGUGAACGGCAAGUUUCCCUUCCUUUUGUAUAUGUGGAUGUGAGGGUGGGCGAGGGGAAGCGCUUGCUUGUACAGUUUGUUGAAAUGAAACCAGACAUUUUUGGUUGUUCCUAAAUAAAGAGCGUAAAAUACGA